CUUCCCCUGGUCGGGAUGACCCUACUGCCGCUGACCCGCCCCCAUUUCCCCCCAGCCAUGGAAGGUCUCGGUUUCCUCGACGCCCUCAACUCCGCUCCCAUCCCUGGCAUUAAAAUCAAGAAAAAGAAGCGAGUUUUGUCCCCGACGGCCACCAAGCCGAGUCCUUUCGAGGGCAAAUCCGUAUCCGAAAGCAACCCCAGCAAACCUUCGUCCCCGGAACCCAACUCUGGUUCUGAUGGGAUGGAAUCGGACCGACCCGGCACUCCGGUACCGGCCGUGGAGGUACCAGAACCUAUGGAAAUAGGUAAGCGACCCUACAAAUCCUAAUGAACGUUAGG